UAUUAUCAUCCUGGAUCUAACAAAUCAUUUUCAUAGAUGGAGCGAUGGCGGCCAAAGAUAGCUAUUUCCAAAAAUAAGCCUCCUACAUUUGUCGCAGGGACUACUUCCUAUAUCGAUAUCUUACCAGAAGAAACUUCUGCCUGUUCGGAAGCUCCACCACCUAGAGGAAGACGACCUGAUGGUAUUCUUCUUCAGAUCUUGAAGAGUAUUGUGUAUGGAGGUUUAAUGGAGGUGAUCGCAAGCUUAAGUGUCGUAGCAUUCGCAGCUGCUUCUGAUGCCACAACACUGAGCAUCAUAUGUUUGGCACUCGCAAGUCUUGCUGGUGGGUUCUUCGUCAUUAGACACAAUCUUUGGGAGCUUAGAGACGAUUGUUACAAGGACAACUCAAGCCAAGAAUCAACCAAUGAGACUACCAUUAAGUACAAAGAGCUACUUGGACAAGUAAACUAUUUCCAACUACAUGUUUUUUUCACAAUACUAUCCUUCGUCGUGUUCGAAAUGGUCCCACCAGUUGCAUACGGGUACUCAUUUCAUGAGACCAAUGACAAGGACUUUACAGUCGUAAUAGUUGCAAUUACGUCUCUUGUAUGUGUAUCAUUAUUGGCAAUAUUCAAGGCUUACAUCAACAAGUGCACAUUUUUUGAGUACAUUAAGACCGUGGUGUACUACAAUACUACCGCAGUAUCAGUGUCAAGCGUGUCUUAUGUUGCUGGGAAUCUGCUUACGAGGUUCAUAGAGGAGUAUGGAUUUUUGGACUUGAGUUUGAGUGGUGGUGUGUCUCUCCUCCCACAUGCCCCCAUUCCGUCUCUAGCAUCUGUCUGAUGUGUGAGAGUAAAGAACGAC